CAAUGGCAGGCCGCCACGUCACAACACGGCGGCGGCUAUAAAGUCUCUCUCCGAACUCCCCGACGGCCCGACCCCAUCGCCGGCGACCGAACGCCGCCGCCCACCUCGAGGUCCCGAACCAACCGACUCGCCGGAGCCGCUCCGCCAGAACCACCAUGGACGUCCGCCGCAGGCCCGCGGCGGCGGCGGGAGCGGGGGCGGGGGCAGCCGCUGAUGCGCCGCCGCGGCCGAGGCCGGCCGCUGCUGCUGCUGCGGCGGAGGCCGCGGAUAAUGAGCUGGUGCUCCGGCCGCCGAACUUGCGCGUAGCCGCUGCGGCGAUGGUGGCCUUCCUCGCGCCCUUCUCGUACCUCGCCUUCGUGCACUACCCGCUGGACGCCGCCCUGCGGCGAUCCAUCCUCAUCUGCGGGGCCAUGAGCCUCUGCGGCUUCCUCGUCGUGCUCCGCCUCGUCCCCGUCGCCGCCCGCUACCUCCUCCGCCGCGGGAUGUGGGGGAAGGACAUCAACAAGCGCGGCUUGCCCAUGGGCGAGAUCAGAGUUCCUGAGGCACUUGGCAUCGUUGUUGGGAUUGUGUACUUGGUCAUUGCUAUCCUAUUUCAACAUUUCAACUUCACAGCAGACUCCAUGUGGCUUGUUGAAUACAAUGCAGCAUUAGCAUCAGUCUGCUUUAUGAUACUUCUUGGAUUUAUCGAUGAUGUUCUCGAUGUUCCAUGGAGAGUGAAACUGCUACUGCCCACAAUUGCAGCACUUCCUUUGUUGAUGGCAUAUGCUGGUGGUACUGCAAUCAGCAUUCCAAAGCCUCUGACGUCUUAUUUUGGAGUAGCAGUUCUGGAGUUAGGUUCUCUGUACAAGCUCUUUAUGCUCCUAUUAGCAGUCUUUUGCACAAAUUCAAUCAAUAUACAUGCUGGCCUGAAUGGUCUUGAAGUUGGGCAGACAGUUAUUAUAUCUGCUGCGGUUUUGAUACAUAAUGUAAUGCGCAUAGGAUCUUCUAUGGACAUUGAAUCACAACAAGCCCAUGCGUUCUCCAUUUAUCUUGUCCUGCCUUUCUUGACCACUUCAUUAGCUUUGUUCGCAUUUAACUGGUAUCCUUCAUCUGUUUUCGUUGGUGAUACCUAUACCUAUUUUGCUGGAAUGGCUUUGGCUGUGGUUGGAAUUUUGGGUCAUUUCAGCGAGACAUUAUUGCUCUUCUUUCUACCUGAGGUUCUAAACUUUUUGUGCUCAGUCCCACAGCUGUUUAAGUUUGUUCCCUGCCCAAGGCACAGAUUGCCAAGGUUUGAUCCUCACACAGGAUUGUUGACGGGUACCAAAGAUGGUAACUUGGUCAACAUAUUCCUUAGGAUAUUUGGAAGGUGCACAGAGAGGACCCUUUGCAUAAGGCUCCUCAUUUUUCAGGCUUUGUCAUGCCUGUUCUGCUUUUGGCUGAGAUACAUGAUUACUGGAUGGUACAAAUGAUCACCUGGACAAGAGGACACUUCAUCUUUUCGGUUGCCAAGGCAAUCAAAAUCUGUUAUUACCUGACAGCUGUUUUUUUUUUCUCUCGGAAAUAUCUGUAGGCUAGCAAAUUAACAGUAAACCAAAAGCUUCCAAAUAGAAGUAGCUGAUGCAAGAACACAUUACUACUAUCCACAAUGUUUUUUUUUGUCAUGACUUAGCAUUUACAUGUAGUCUGUCUCAGGCCUUUGGAGUUUGUUCCUACUUAUUUUGGUACCAACUACAAUACAGGAGAUCUGGGUGUAUUGUUGUGAGGCUUAGCUAUGGUAGAGUUCUUGAAGCCUGUGAUCGAAACAAGAUCUACAUUUUGCAACCAGGGUUUACCUUACAGUUGGCCACCCAGUAACUGGUAACGGCGGUCGAUAUACUGAAAAAUAAAAGGAUAAGAUUUAUCAAAAGUUCAAAUUAUUUAUCGAAUUUGGUGUUGUUAUUGCGUGGUUACUACUACCGUAACUCCACGGUAACCAGUGGUAUUGUCGACCCUAGUUGUAAGUUGCAACCAUAUACAGAAUAAAGUUUAUUCAACGAAUCUUGCUUGCUCUACAUCUGAAAU